UAGCCUAAAGCAAAGAAGCUAAAAUGAAUAUAGCAAUAGCUAUAAUAGUGGCAAUGGUGGCACGAGCUCAAUCGCUUGAUUGUUACCAUGGGUGCAGAGACGUAAGUUUGGAAUCAGGGGCUACAAAUACCUGUGACUCAGACAGCGUUGAUCAGUGUUCGGAGGGUGAAGUGUGCUCAGCUCUUGAGGUGACCUUUUAUGAGGGUGCCAGGUUCGGCUAUAUGAAAAGUUAUAAAUGUAUGAACCGGGCAGAUGUGUGGGCAGACUUGGAUACAUGUAGGGAAUCAAAAUCUGAAUUUGCCCAUAUUUUGAACGAUAUGACGGAGUAUAAGUGUUCAUAUCAAACAUGCGACUAUGACUUGUGUAUCUCACUUCAGUCACCAGAAGAGCCUUGGUGGAUAACUAAGCCUCCUAUUACUGAAAUUAACGAUUGUGUUGACAGAGCAGACAAUGAUGGAUCAGAGUACAGGGGAAAGGUAGCUGUCACAGAAUCAGGACACAAAUGCCAGAAAUGGGACUCUCAAUCACCUAACAUACAUGGUGUAACACCAUCGAAGUACCCUAAUUCAGGACUGCAAGAGAACUAUUGCAGAAAUCCAGACGGUGAACCAGGCGCCUGGUGUUAUAAUGCUGAGGGAACUAGUCCUCGAUUUGAGCUCUGUGCUAUACCUACUUGCCCUGAACCAGAUUGUGUUGACAGUGCAGACAAUGAUGGAUCAGAGUACAGGGGAAAGGUAGCUGUCACAAAAUCAGGACACAAAUGCCAGAAAUGGGACUCUCAAUCACCUAACAUCCAUGGUGUUACUCCAUCGAAGUACCCUAAUUCAGGACUGCAAGAGAACUAUUGCAGAAAUCCAGACGGUGAACCAUUCGCCUGGUGUUAUAAUGCUGAUGGAACUAGUCCUCGAUGGGAAGUCUGUGAUAUACCUACAUGUGGUAAUUAACUGUGGUCAUCAGUUAGCCAGACAACUAAAAAGGAGCUGAUGUACAAGAAGUUCAAACGAAAAGGAUUAUACAAUUUAAAUUUAGUGACUGAAAUUUGCAGCAACUGGACUGUUUAAGUUUUUUUGAACUUCAUUGUUUUCAUAUUAUAAAGUCUUUAUGCAUAUAAUUUUUUGGAGCAUCAAACGUCUUUAAAUCAGGAUAUACGCAUAUUAUUAUUAUAUAUGUUUACUAGUAUGUUAUUUAAUAAAGGGAUAUACUCGUAAAA